AUGACCACCUACGUUUCUUCGCCUGCGCUUGCUGGCGAUCUGCACUCGGCCAGAGACCAAGAUCGGCACUCACGCGCUAUCGCCAAGUCGCCUUCAGUGGAUGAGAACGGCUCCGAAUCGCUUAGUCCAAUCAUCAGUCGACGUCCAACCUCCAAGCAUUCUCGCAGCGCCGGUCCGCCAGUCAGUAAAGACAACCAGUCAAAGAAUACGUUAAAGCCCAGCACAUCAAACCAAGCCCACAGCUCUGGCUUGGAUCCUCUUAGCACUCAAAUAUACCUUCGCACAAAUAGCAGUACCGAACCCACCAUUGCUCAGCGCCUGCUCAAUGCCGGCAGACCGGACAGCCCGACUCCCGACAGCAUAGGCCGACCCAGCCACGACUCGACACCCAGCGUGCGCCCUGAUAGCAUCAAGGAGCGCAAAAAAGGGGCGUCUUUUCUCAGUCGUCUGUCUAUUCGAGGACCUUUUCGAAAAGAUAAUGAUAUCGACACGGAUUCGGAAUUCGGCGACCAAAUCCGCACUGAUGGAACCAAUGCCCGCGCUCUGACCGCGGUCAUGGGCGCCGGAGGUGGUUAUCUCCCGCUGCACAAGGAACCACCCCGAUAUAUUCGAGUCAAGGCACACAAUAAAAAGUCGCGCAGCUUCAAUCACUUAUUUCUUGCUCAGGAGCUUUCUGGCGCCAAGAAAGAAGAUGGCCACUCCAAGCACGCACCCGCCACCGUCGUCGGAAGUAAGAUUCUCAAAGGAGGAGAUGCAAUCUGGGCGGCUGAAUUCAGCAUCGACGGUCGGUAUCUCGCAGUUGCCGGCAUGGACCAUGUUGUUCGCGUCUACGCCGUGCUUUCGACACCCGAGGAGCGACAAGCAUACGAAGAGGAGCAGGAGCAAGAAGACGCCGAGAAAGAGAGCCGUUCCAAGCAGGGACGGCUGAGUGCUCCUGUCUUCCGUAGCAAACCCGUCCGCGAAUUCGAAGGUCACGGUGGAGAGGUUCUCGCUCUAAGCUGGAGCAAGAACAAUUUCCUAUUGUCCUCCUCUAUGGACAAGACUGUGCAGUUGUGGCACCUCAGCCGGCAGGAAAGUUUAUGCACCUUCAAGCACGAUGAUCUUGUGACCUCUAUUGCGUUUCAUCCAACCGAUGACCGAUUCUUUCUUGCUGGAUCAUUGGAUGAGCAGUUGCGGCUGUGGAGCAUCCCCGACAAAUCAGUCGCUUUUUCUGCCCCGACAGGCGAAUUUAUCACGGCCGUGGCGUUUACACCAAACGGUAAGACAGCUAUAUGUGGCCUUCUGAGCGGCAUUUGCAUAUUUUAUGAGACGGAGGGCCUCAAAAACUCCUGGCAGAUUCAUGUUCGCUCGUCACGCGGCAAAAAUGCCAAGGGCAGUAAGAUAACCGGCAUUCGCACGAAGACGGUCUCCGCCCCAGGAUCCCAUCAGGCUGAUGUCAAGGUGCUCAUUAGCUCCAACGACUCGCGGGUGCGCAUUUACAGCUUGAGAACGCGGAUGUUGGAGGCCAAGUUCAAAGGUCACGAGAAUAUGUCAAGUCAGAUUCACGCCCGAUUCAGCGACGACGGUCAAUUCGUGACCUCGGGCAGCGAGGAUCGCAAAGCAUAUAUAUGGGACAUUUCUCACCCCGAGCUCGAAGUACGCGAUAGGCAGCCGUAUGAGUGCUUUGAUGCGCAUCCAGAAGUGGUGACGGUUGCCCUAAUGGCUCCCAUUGCUACCAAGCAACUCCUAGGCGCUUCUGGCGACCCAAUAUACGACCUGUGUAACCCCCCGCCGGUGACGCUCAUGAGCUUGAGCGAGGCCACCAUCAGUCAGAGCGCCCUUUCCGAGGUCACGCAAUCGGAUGUGCCAGGCAGCAUCAAGAAGCAGAAUGAGAGUCCCGCUUACAUCGAACGGUCGAAGCACAAGCAUGGAAACAUUAUCAUUACUACAGAUCGGAAAGGAAUUAUCAAAGUUUUCAGGCAAGACUGUGCGGCUGUGAAGCGGCAUCAAAGCCUGUGGGAGACGGGAUCCAAGUUUUCCGGCAAGGUCGCUGGCGUUGGCCGCAGUUCCAGCUUGGCGACAAGGACGAGCGGUGGCAGCCGUGUUCACUCUCGACGCGGAUCUCUGAGCACGAGUGGCAACUUGGCGCCGAAUCAGGCUUCGGACAGAAUCAUGAGCUGGCAACAGGAUAUCGAAGGCGGACGAAACUCGACUGGACUACCGACAACACGGAGUGAACGGUCGGUGUCACCAUCCAAGAGCGUUAUCCGAACCCCGUUCAAUGUGUCAGCCUCGACCCUAGCGUCUGAAGCCAGAAAGCAGCCAUAUAUUGCGUCGCCGGCGUCUAGAAAGAGGAGCAACAGCAAUAUGCAGAAGCGCGGUCGGACGACACCCACGAGUCUGGAGCCUGCUAAAGUUGUUGACAAAAUUGCGGACCAGAACAAGGGGCCUGCCGUCCCGCCGACGCCAAGCUUUAGCCUGGUUAGUGUUUCAGACUCGGACACACAGGAUGGUGGUCGUGAUGGCAGCUUCUGGAAUCUCAGUCGCUGGCGGGGAGGGGUUUCUGGGCUGCGCAACGUGACCAAUAGUAGCGCUGUCGGCGACAAGCCGAGCAGCGGGUCGCGGCGGACAAGCACAUCGACGGAACGAUCGGGACAAGACCACCGUCGCAGCAUGGGUGUGAAGGAUUUGCGCCGUCUGAUUGCAAACAGCGACGAAACCAGCCGACGACGUUCAAUGCUCCCAGUCGUAUCCACCUCGGCGACAAGCGACGUGGAGUCAGAGGUGCUUUCACAACCCGCGAGUCACGAGCAGCCGCGGAGUGUCGUAGUCGGUAGCAAGCGGCCCCAAGAGUCGCCGAGCAAGAAGCGGACCGACUCUGGGUUCGGUCAGGUGAGCGGCACAUCGAGUGAAGUGAGCGAGUAG